AAGCCUAUCAACCAAAACAGCUGUAAGGUCACGCCCGUAAAUCAGGCGAAGAUUGAGGCCAAUUACGGUUCAUUUAAUUUCAAUAUAUCUUUCGAAGAUCCAACUUUGCCAUCCAGAAAUCCCCCGAUUUCCCAUCGACGACUACUCCAACGAAAAAUAGAAAAACAAGACCAACUAGAAUCUAGAGAGAGAAAAACAUUCAGCGAAUUCUACAGACACAGAGAGAAAACACUACAGACAGAGCGAGAGUGUGUGUGACUCUGCGUGUGCUAAGGUGUCUGUGGUCUAUAGGCAUUAAUGGCGGAGACUAAAAAGGAAAAUAAAUCGAGCGAAGAGAGCGUUAAGCUGUUUGUAGGUCAAGUGCCCAAGCACAUGACGGAAGCUCAGCUUCUUGCAAUGUUCAAAGAGUUCGCUUUGGUCGACGAGGUCAACAUCAUCAAAGACAAGACUACGCGCGCCUCCAGAGGGUGUUGUUUUGUUAUAUGCCCCUCGCGUCAGGAAGCGGAUAAGGCCAUUAAUGCUUGCCAUAACAAGAAAACGUUGCCUGGGGCAUCUAGCCCGUUGCAAGUGAAGUAUGCAGAUGGCGAGUUGGAAAGGCUAGAACACAAACUCUUUGUUGGUAUGCUUCCAAAAAAUGUUUCUGAAGCCGAGGUAUCUGAGUUAUUCUCUAAAUAUGGAACUAUAAAGGAUUUACAAAUUCUAAGAGGUUCUCAGCAGACAAGCAAAGGGUGUGCUUUUUUGAAGUAUGAGACUAAAGAACAAGCCCUUGCUGCCGUGACAGCUGUCAACGGAAAGCAUAAAAUGGAGGGUUCAAGUGUUCCUUUGGUCGUCAAAUGGGCAGAUACAGAAAAGGAAAGGCAGGCUCGGAGGGCUCAGAAGGCACAGUCUCAGGCCUCUAGUCUGCCAAAUGCUGAUUCACCACAUCCUUCAUUGUUUGGAGCCUUGCCAAUGGGGUAUGUUCCCCCUUAUAAUGGAUAUGGAUACCAGGCUCCUGGAACUUAUGGAAUUAUGCCAUACCGAUUGCCCCCUUUGCAGAAUCAGCCUGCUUUUCAUGGUAUGAUUCCUCCAGUAAAUCAAGGAAAUGCAUUGCAUGGUGGAAUCAGACCUCAUCUUGCCUCCGGUAUGGGCCCUAGAAAUUAUGCAGUCCCUCCUGCAAGUUAUGUUGGCUCUGCUUACGCUGCAGUGCCAGGUGUUCAGUAUCCCAUGGCAUAUCCUGGAGGAAUGAUGAGCCACCAGCCUUUAAGUGGGUCGCCUAGUACUGUACCAGCUGCAGUUACAAGCAGUAAUUCUGCAACAUCUUCAGGUGUCAGUUCAAGUUCCGGGGGUCAAUUAGAAGGUCCACCUGGUGCUAAUCUUUUUAUAUAUCACAUACCUCAAGAAUAUGGUGACCAAGAGCUUGCUAAUGCUUUUCAACCAUAUGGUAAAGUCUUAAGUGCUAAGAUCUUUGUAGAUAAAGCAACUGGCGUUAGCAAAUGUUUUGGAUUUGUUAGUUAUGACUCACCAGCAGCAGCACAAACUGCUAUUAAUACGAUGAAUGGAUGCCAAUUAGGUGGUAAGAAAUUGAAAGUUCAGCUUAAGAGGGACAAUAAACUGAGUAAACCUUAUUGAUCAUAAGGUGAGUCAUGGAAGCAAGCAGAAUUCUAUGUGAUACGUGGUCACAUGCAACCUGGAUAUAGGGGAGUGACUGCAGUAUAAGCACUUUGGGAUGGAUCGAUAAUCUGUGGUUAUGUGCAUAUUCCAUCCAUGUAAUUGCUUCAUGGGAUUGAAAUUCCCAAAACUUGUAAUUCACGGUGCAUUCUGCGCCCAUACAAUUUGUAAUUUGUGUACCAUGGAAAUUCUUUAGAGAUCAAUUAUUAAUUUUUUGAUUUUUCCCUCAAGAUCCUCUGUUAAUAUGAUGUUGGUGGAAACAUCUUUGAUUCUUGGUCAUCCCCACACCCCCUCCUCUCUCCCCAUUUUUGUUGUUCAAACUUCAAAGAGUUUUUUUUUUUUUUUUGAAAAAAAAAGAUUAAAACUUUUGUUUCUUUUGCAAUCAACUAAAUGAAUCAUGGGGAAAAUGUACUUGCUUUCUUGAAACUUUGGGGUAUCAAGCGUGUUGUUUCCUGUGUUCUGCGAGCCUCUUGUGCAUUGUGCUAAUUAUUCCUUCUUUUCUUGAUGAAUCACCAUUUCAAUCUGUGGCGUGACAGUGACUUUGUAGAUAUGGAGUAGCAAUUAUUAGUGUUCUGCCUUUCCAUGAUGUGCUAAAGUGGUGUGUCAAAUCUAAGUUAUAUGAGUACUUGUUUAAAUUGUUAAUGCUGAAGGCCUGCGCCUAUGUCCAGAGAAUAUUGAGGUAGUGCACUAGUUGUCUGCAUGUUAGUAUCUUAUCAUUUUGCUGUGGAUUUUGUACUUUCUACUUGCACUGGUUGCUUAGUCUCAUGCAAAUAUUUCUUGUGGCCAUUUAGGUGAUGAUGUCGAUUUUAGGAAUUUAUCAAAUAUAUACAUGUUUGCCUUUCUUGGAAAUCUUGACUAAUCUUAGUGGGCAAAAUCACUAGGAUUUAAUGAUGCUACUUGUGUAACAUUUUGGUGCUAAUUUCUUUUGGUCAUUUGUCCCAAAAGUUCAGAGUUGCUGGUCAUUUGUUGCCUAUGAUUCAGGUACUGUCAAUUUUGAAGUUGUUGUUGCUUGCAUUUAAAUUUUCUCUUGAUGGGGAUUUAUCUAAAUGAACAUUUCUUUUGCUAGGGUCAAUAGAUUUCAAGAAGAGCAAGAAGAUUCUGCAUCUCAGGUUUCAGCCACCACUUCCUUGACAAGGACUCUUUCACCCAUGCAGGAGUUAAGAAUGGAGAGAAACAUUGUUGCCCAACUGAAAUUUUGAAUGUAAAGGUAUUUAACCGUUGGCUUUUGAUCUAAAUAAUUACUUAUCUAUGCACUUUGAUGAACCUAACUGUAGGCUGAAGGAACAGUUUUCUCUUAUCUGUCUCCUGUAUUUUGGAACACGUCUUUGAUUUGUUCAUCUGUAUCUUUCCUGGCUUUCUGAUAGCAUCAUCUUAGUGAAAACACGUUCAUGAUUAGUAAUAAAGCCCAUAAUAGGCGCCCUUUUGUCAUUAUAUCUCACUCUAUUAGGUAUCAGGAUGGGUGCCUAGCCCAGGAAGCACCACAAAAUGGUGUCUAGGAUUUUAUGGAGCUUGGUAAUUAUAUCUGUACCACUGCUUGCUACUUUGGAGUUUGGACUUGCCCUGGCCAGAAAAAAAGGCUGAAGAAUGAAGUACUUGAAUUAAUGGAAUUUUACCAAGUCACUUUGAUUUUAAUGCAGUCUGCCUUCUUUACAAAGGUUUUGCUUUAAGUUCAUUUAUGCAUUUUGCAGGACUAGUCAUUGGUUUAUAAACACCCCAGGCCCACCCCCCUCUUCUUUUUUUCCAAGUCUUCCUCUCUCUCAAUGAUCAUUGAAUCCUAUUAUGAGAUCUAAGUCUUGAGUGAUUGGCUGCUUUUAAAGUUUUGAUAUCUAAUGGUGUAUUAUUCACAAAGGCAAACUGGAUAUGAUUUACUGAAUUUAAAUCCUUGGUUUAUUAUAGGCUUUUUUUCUAUAGCAAAAGAAAAAAAAAAAAAAACAAUUACCCAGUUAAUCAAACGAUGUUAGGCAUUUAUUUUUAAUCAAAAUAAAAAUUUGUAUAAAGUACUUUUAGUAGGAAAAAACAUGGAGCCAAACCAAAUGGGCCUUUUGUUUUUGUUAAUUCAUACUUCUGUUUUUAUAACGAAAUCUUUGGCAGUUUAUCAUCUUCAAUAGCAUAGGUUAACAUUAAUAUGGCCAUGUGCUCUUGUUUACCAGUUAGCUGGUUAGUCAACUAUGCCCACUUUUCUAAACACUGUUAAUACUCAUCUUUAUUCUUCUGUUUUGAUAUUACUUUCUCUUUAUUUUCCUUGAAGAAGUUAAAUUAGCUAGUAAAGAUCCUAAGGAUCUAUAUUAGAAAUUUUUUAUUUCUUGCUUUUGCGUUUCUUGUUACUGGACUCUAAUGUAUUGGAUUGUGGUCAUACUUUCGCUAUAAGUUAGGCAAUUAUUUUGGUGCAUUUUCUUGAAUAUGAUUUCCACCACUGGAGUCCAUAUUUGAAAAAAUUGCACAAAGAGUGGAAGUUUCCAUUCAAGGGUAAUUGAUGACUUGUAAUGUCCAUCAUAUACAUCAAGUGAUGUCUCAUUUCAUCUUGUCGAUGUGAAUAUAACAACUAGUUGAAAAAAGGCUGCCCUCCUGUUGUCGUUUUGUCAAGCAUGCAAAAUGAAAAUUAUAUAUUAGUGCAUUGAUUUCAGUACUAAUCCCAUAUCUGUAAGUUGUAAAACAGGUGAGAUUGGCAGGAAUACAAAUUUGGAGAAAGCUUCCAGAUAUUAGGAGGAUUGCAGAGAGUUGAAAGUAACUCAGCCUAUUAUUUGGGUCAUAACUAUGCCGCAAUAUCUCGCGCAUGGGCAAGGCUUCAUCUGGCAAAAACAAACUUUUAGAAACAGGAGAUUGAACAAGCUACCAAGUAUGCAACUGUCAUUUGUUUCUGUACUGGGUAUGCAGAUUAUCAAAUGAAAGAUGUAAUUCUGCGCCAUGGAAAGCAUGACACAGAGUCAUGAAAUUGACAAUAAACAGAACUUUUUAGACUCCUAAAA